AUGAUUAAAGCGAGCUUGGAAACAACGACGUCUCUUUUCCUGGGCAAGAGUCUGGACGAGACUUCUCUUGCCAUGGGCGGCGGUCGUCAUCUCCCUGGUGUCGGCAUGGUAACAGCUUUGACAUUCCAGUCGGGACUCCAUCCAAGUCCCAGCAUCGAACACCUCGGCACUCAGGAGCCAACGAUCCGCAAGUCUAAAGAAAUCGCAAUCCCGCAAGAACCAAGGUCUAAACUGGUGGGAGUAUAA